AUGACAUUAGAGACAUCAAAAAACUCACAAGCACAACUAAGCAACGAUGUCUCCCAUUGUAUGUCAUUGCUACAACAGCAUUCGGCUUCUAUUGUUCGCCAUGACGAACUGAUCUCUAAUUGUGAGGCUAGUAUUCAGCAACUCCAAAGUGCGCAAGCAUCUAUCUUAUCCAACAUUUCGAACGUUGAAUCUAGACUGACCAAUGCACUGGUAAAUGAUAGAUCGUUGAAUACCAACGCUAACAAUAUCCCAUCAUCUCCGACUGAAACUUGGGAAAUAUUCAGACGAUCUCACAAUAUUAUCCUGAAAGGUCUUCCUGAAGGCAACAAUGAUUCUGAUUCCGUAACAGACAUAAUCAACCACAUCGAACCGUCUGCUAAUGGAUACCGCCUCAACAUGACCAGACUUGGUGCUGUAGGUACAUCUCGUCCUCGGUUGAUAAAGGUUGGCUUUGCAUCGCCUAUAAUAGCUAAGAAUAUUCUACGCAAGAAGAAUGAUAUUUUGAGCCACUCUACCUAUAACUCCGUUAAAAUUUUGGACGACAAAACACCGUCACAAAUGCAUGAGCUGCAGCAACUACGUGAGGAGUUGAAACGAAGGCUAACGGCUGGAGAACGCAAUUUCACGAUUAAAUAUGUCAAGGGUAGACCAUCCAUUGUCAAUAUUGUUGCACAGCAAUCUUCUGUAUCAAAAAACUGCUAA